CUCUUUCCUGUUUUAUAUUUCCGGUGGACGCUGAUCGUCUAUAAACUGCCUUGAAGAUGGCUAAUUCUAACUUAAAUUGGUCGUCAGUGUGUGGGGGAUUAUACUCAGGAGAGGAAAUCGGGGCUUUUGUCUUCGAUAUCGGAAGCUAUUCAACCAGACUUGGAGUUGCUGGCGAAGAUUUACCCAAAUACGACAUUCCUUCGGCCGUUGCAUACGAUGAAAAUUAUGAAGAGAAGAAAGAUACACAAAAAUCAAAAUAUUCAUUUGGAGAUGUCGAGAUUAGGGUACCAAGAGAAGGUGUUCAAAUUCAAACAUUUUUGGAGGAUGGAAUGAUUUCCAACUGGGAUCUCUUUGAAGCUCUUGUGGAUCACGUAUAUGCCAAAAAAUUCUGCGCUGCUUCUAACGAAUAUCCCGUUCUUAUGUCUGAACCGAGUUGGAAUCUUCGAGCUAAACGGGAAAAAGUUACCGAAAUUAUGUUUGAAAAAUACGAAAUUCCAGGAUUUUAUUUGGCUAAAAGUGCUUUAUUGACAGCUUUUGCAAGCGGACGACCAACAGCACUAGUUGUAGAUGUUGGCUCAAAGCAAACUAGUGUUGUUCCGGUUUACGAAGGUUAUGUACUUUGUCAAGGAAUCGUUAGAUCAACUUUGGCAGGAGAUACUUUAAUUGCCGAAUCUCAAAAGCUUCUCGAAACAAUGAACAUUGACUUAGCUCCUAUUUAUACAGUCAAAUCAAAGGAUCCUGUAGGUAUAAAUGAACAACCGAAGUGGACUAAAAAGACUAAUUUACCGAACGUUACUCCGUCAUAUCACAAUAAAAUGCUUUAUGAUUUAUUGUGCGAUUUUAAUUCACAAGUUGUUCAAAUUCCGGAAACUAGUUACGACGACUCUUUACACGAUAAUGCUCCAGCUGUAUCGUACGAAUUUCCAACUGGUUUCAAUUCUGAAUUUGGAAACGAACGCUUCCGUAUUGGAGAGUGUCUUUUUGAUCCAAGACAAUUGCAAGUAAUGAGAAACGCGCAAGGCAUGUUGUCAGUCUCCUUAGCCGUUACUACUUGCGUUGGAAUGUGUGAUGUUGAUAUUCGAUCUAAUUUGUACAGCAGCGUAAUAGUAACAGGAGGAACAACAAUGUUAAAUGGAUUUACAGAUAGAUUACAAUAUGAGCUCCAAAGAAAAAUACCUCCGACUCUCAAACUCAAAAUGCACAAUUCCCAACCAAAUAUUCAGAGAAGAUUCAGCGCUUGGUUAGGAGGAUCUAUAUUAGGAUCAUUGGGCUGUUUUCAUCAAUUAUGGAUAUCAAAGCAGGAAUAUGAAGAAGGGGGUAAAAACUGUGUUGAAAGAAAAUGUCCUUAA